CCAGACGGCAGUGACUCAGAACCGGGUGCUUUCGGACACAGCUCUGCCCGCUCGCAACCGCGGACGGUCCCCCGGCCCCUACCGGUCGGGGCCGCGGACGUGCGUCCCGGCGGGUGCGGGCGGGCUCCAGUGCGCGUGCGCGCACCUCCGGGGGCGGGGCCGCGGCUAUAAGCGGGCGCCCGCGGGCUGCCCCGCGGUCCGCGUUUUGGUCGUCCGGCGGCUGCGUCGGUCGGGCUCCUGCACUGCUGCUCCUUGGCCGACUGUCCUCCCGACUCCUGCACGACCUCCUGCGACAGAGAGCGAGCCACUCCUGGCUCUUCCUCCUCAAGGAUCCAGAGGCCCUCUGGAAGCAGAAGGCAACUCUACUGCUCUGCAAAGGAGUGGGGUCCUUUCAGCCAUGAGGCCCACGUUGAGCCUCUACCUCUUGGGUGCGGCGGUGGCAGUGCUCUUCAUCUUCGUUAGACUGAUUGAGACCCUGAAGGGCUUACUGAAGAGCCCAUCACCUGGGAGCUUCUGGACCACUAGAAGUCAGCUGGCCAACACAGAGCCCCACAAGGGCCUUCCAGACCAUCCAUCCAGAGGAGUGCAAUAAAGAUGUCCCUUGUGCUGGCCAUACCUUGGAACACUGACCCAAAUGUGUGUAGCCAGGUGUCCCAUUUCCUAGCAGGCAAGCUGAGCACUAGUGUUCCAGGGAACUAACUGUUACUAGGCCUUGAAGGACCUGUCCAACUGGAUGCUCCUUGUCCUGGAAAAAGAGCCUAUUUAAUGUACAGAUGUGUACAGAUUGCUUAUGGCUGUGAGAUGGAGUGAUCUCACGCUUCUCUCCAGCAUCUGUGUGCUUUGCUGUGCUCAGCACCAUGGCUCUGACAACUCUUAGAUGGGGACUUGGGCUGCCACUUCACCUGUUGGGAAAUGAUGUUUUCAACCCUGCUUCCUAAACAUCUGCCCAGGGUUCAGCUUCACUUCAUGAAACCUUUAUGUUUGGAUAGCAGUUGAAGGGGUAUGUAGGUUGGCUGUAGGGAGAGAGAGGGUGGCAUAUUCCAUGUCCUGUUCUCAUUGUUUUACAUUUUUAAGUCCUUCCUCUAACAUUGCAUGUGUGUGUGUGUGUGGACUGAAGGGGUGGUGGGAUGACAAAGCCUGCUCAGGACAUGGGCAUUAUGGGCACCAUGUGGCUUAAUUUAAUUUUCUAAUGCAAUUAAGUUGAAUAUGUAUUUCUACUAUAUGUCAUGUUGACUUCUGCCCUUGAAAUUAGGGGUAGGGAAGGGUCUUAAUUCCUAGAUCUGAGGUUUAACAUCUUAAAACUUUGGAGCAGGAAAGUGCUUUAAUCACUUUGUUUAAAACACAGUGUAAAUAAACCUCUGAAUCUGAGGGCAGGAACAGUUGGGUCUGCCCUGUAUCAACCAGUUGUCUGAGCCUAGGCCAAGGGUAUUACAGUCCUCCCGUGCCCAUCCAUCUGUAAAGAAGAAGAAAAUGAUCACCUCUUCCAGCCCUUCAUCUUGGGUCUCUGGGGGAAGGAGGACCAUCAGUCUAGAAGACCUUGGUUGUUUUUUUUUUCCUGUACUUGUCAAUGUCUUUUCCUUAUCCACCAAAAUGACUGCUUGAUUCUGAUUACUCAAAGUCAGCUGAUAAAAUGUCCACACCUCACAUAUGAAUAUUUCUACUCUUUCUCCCAGUUCUAAGCAACUUGGCCUUCACUUAAAAAUGGAAGGUUUUUUUUUUUUUUCUCUUGUGUCCACCACUCCUCCUUCCCCUGUCCCAUGUACAAAUGUAUUCACUCCCCUGCCUGUGGCAAUACAGCUGUUUACACUCCUA